GAUGAGAUAAUCUUUCACGUGUUCAAGGCUUUCUUUACAUGUUUACCUCAUUCAUUGAUUGAGGAUCAAGCUGUUUACCAUUGAUUACCAUCACUUCAUCAAGUAACUCAUCAAGUCAAUUCAAACAGAAAGAAUGUCAACUAAAACAUCAACUCCACUGGCUAUUCAUCUCAUAGCUGGUGGUACGGCUGGGUUCGCAGAAGCAUGUGUCUGUCAUCCUCUGGAUACUAUCAAAGUCAGGAUGCAACUCAGUAGAAGCAAACAGGGCAGAGGUCGGGGGUUUAUCAAGACUGGUAUGAUGAUUGCACAGAAGGAAAGUUUCGCGGGUCUUUACAAAGGUCUUGGUGCCGUGAUCUCAGGCAUAGUACCCAAGAUGUCUAUCAGAUUUGCCUCCUUUGAGGCUUACAAAGGUUGGUUAGCCGACAAACAGACUGGAAAAGUAUCAUCCAGUGCCAUCUUCCUUUCAGGAUUAGGAGCGGGAACUACUGAGGCCGUAGCGAUUGUCUGUCCAAUGGAAGUAGUCAAGAUUCGAUUACAGGCUCAGAUGCAUUCAAUGUCUGACCCUUUGGAUAUUCCCAAAUACCGUAAUGCUGGACAUGCCCUUUACUUGAUUUUGAAAGAAGAAGGUCCACGUACCCUCUACAGAGGUGUAGCUCUAACGGCGCUCCGACAAGCAACUAAUCAAGCCGCAAACUUUACGGCUUACACGGAAUUGAAGGCACUCUGUCAACGGAUCCAACCCAAGUAUCAUCACGCUGAAUUACCUUCUUAUCAAACCAUGGUUCUCGGACUCAUCUCAGGUGCUGUGGGGCCUUUCACCAAUGCACCGAUCGAUACUAUCAAGACUCGGAUCCAGAAAUCCACUGCUACUCAGGGUGAAACGGCUUGGACGAGAUUGAAGGUUGUAGCAACUGAGAUGUUUGUACAAGAAGGACCCAAGGCUUUUUACAAGGGCAUCACUCCCAGAGUCAUGCGCGUGGCUCCCGGCCAGGCUGUGGUCUUUACUGUCUAUGAGAAAAUGAAAGGUAUCAUCGAAAAGCUAAAGGCAGAUAUGAUAGAAUACAAGGGAUGAAGGCAUGACUUAUCAGAGUCAAACUCCAAGAAUUCGUUUACUGAAUCGAUCAAUCGGCCUCCUCAGUGAAGCCCAGCUUGUAAACUUUUCAUCUCUGUUGAUGUUUGAGUGUCCUACUUCUUCGUCGUCUUUGAUUCUUCGCAAGUUCUGUAGCAUAAUCUUUCAAUUGACUUUUCUGAUCGCAUUUUGUGCUUUUCAUUUCCGGUUACGAGUAGUAUCAUUUGUAGAUAGACGGCUUUGCAUCUUUUAUGUAUUGGAACUUGUGUUGCAUCGAUUGGUAUAUUUGAUCUUUCUGAUUAUGCUGUGAUUCCUGUUAGUUAGCUUGUAAGUUUUAGUUUGUUUGUAAAAUACAUUUUGCGUUAUGAUUUAUAGAAGGAGGUCAGAAUU